AUGUCUAAUUCCAAAGAAUUGACGAUCCCACCUCCCUCUCCGGUAAGAUUGAGGCAGAUCGCUCUGAUAGCCGAAGACCUCGAAAGAGCAAGAUAUUUAUUGACCGCGAUUCUGGGGACAGAGGUUGUCUUUGAAGAUCCACAAGUCGCAAACUGGGGUUUGAAGAAUAUCCUAGUUGCCGUUGGCGGCGAUAUCAUCGAAGUCUGCUCCCCCUUCAAGCCAGACACCACCGUGGGCAGACUGCUCAAGAAGCGAGGCGAUGGCGGCUACAUGAUCAUCAUGCAGACUACGGACGCGGCGGCGCGGAGAAAGUACCUCGAAUCGAACAAAUUGGCCAAAGUCAUAUUCGGCUACUCGCACGGGGACGUUGAAUGCGUUCAGUACCAUCCCAAAGGGAUACUCGGUGGAAUGAUGCCCGAACUGGACUCUCAUAAACCUUCACCCAGCAAUCCUACGCCCCUGGAAUCUGUUUUCAGCCCAUGGCACGCCUGCGGACCCGAUUACGACAAAUAUUCGGCGGCAAUGAAGCGGUGCUCGCACCUAAGGCUCCUCAGCGCCACAUGUCGUCUUGCACCGGGCCGAACUGACACCGAAUCUGCAGCGGAACAGUGGCGAGGCUAUUUCGGGGUGGAAAAGCACGGUAGCGAGCUGAUUUUUACGAAUGCACGGUUGAAGUUCGUCCCGGGUGUCGAGGGCCUGUCCGAGGGGCUGGAGAGUAUUACGCUCGAAGUUACGGGGAAGCAAAGAUUCCAAAAGAUGUUGGAAAUCGUGGCCCGAGAGGGACUCUGUGGGGAUGGGUGGACGAAUUUGCUGGGUGUGAAAUGGCUUUUCGUCCCCAAAGACGAGGAUGGCGGCGAGAGGGAAAGUAAAUUGUAA